GGGCACCCGCCCCCGGGCACCGCCGCCCCCGCCCCGGGCACCGCCGCCGCGAGAGAAGACAUGUCUCAGGCCGGACACCUCUCCCGGGGCCUCCUCCUGUGCAGCUUCCUCCAGGAGCGCGGCCUGCAGGCGGCGGACCCCGGCGUGACCAGCCUCCUGCAGGACCAGCCUGAGCCCCUCGGAGCCCUCCCUCACGAGGUGGCCAUGCGGCUGGCCCUCAUCGGGGACGAGCUGGAAGUGAGAUGGACGCUGCCCCGCCUUGCCCACCUGCCCUGGAUGGCCAUGUACAGCUUCGCUCACACCUACAACCAGACCGGCCUGAGGGUUGUCCUGGCUUACCUCAGGGGGAACAGAAGGUUCUGGAGCUUCCUGAUCCUCAGGGACUGGGUGUCCCCCCGCCCGGGCCACGGCCGGGGGCGCCCGCUCUCCGGGCUGCUGCUGCUGGUGCUGCUGCUGGACUGGGGCCUCCGCCUCCUGCAGUGACCGGUGACGCGCUGCUGGCCAGUGCGGGCGGGCGGGCCCCGCCCCUGCCCCCCUGGAGGUGGCCUUGUUAACUGUUUUCUUACGAUCCCUUUUUUAUAUUUAAGUGCUGAGUGCUGGACACUCCUGAGGUCUCACGUGUUUGGGUUUGUUUUUGUAAGAGAUGAAUUACACCUCUGGGCUCUGCGUGGCUCACUGCCCUCC